GCGCGGUGACGCGGCCCCGGGUCAGGGCUGAGGCGCGGCGGCACCGUGAGGCGCUGUCAGAGCCGCGCUGAGAGGGUCCGCCCCGCUCCGCACCGGGAUCCGCCGCCGCUGCCAUGGAGCCCCAUCGCUGGCUGCCCCUGGAGGCCAACCCCGACGUCACGAAUCAGUUCCUGAAACAGUUGGGUAUACAUCCUGACUGGCAAUUUGUAGAUGUUUAUGGUAUGGAACCAGAACUGCUUAGCAUGGUGCCAAGACCAGUAUGUGCAGUACUACUUCUCUUUCCAAUAACAGAAAAGUAUGAAACCUUCAGAACAGAAGAAGAAGAGAGGAUAAAAGCUAAGGGACAAGAUGUCAAAUCAUCAGUGUAUUUCAUGAAGCAGACCAUUAACAAUGCUUGUGGAACAAUUGGGCUAAUUCAUGCUAUUGCAAACAACAGAGAUAAAAUGAACUUUGAAACUAAUUCUUCACUGAAAAAGUUCCUAGAAGAUUCAUUAUCUAUGACUCCUGAAGAGAGGGCCAAAUACCUAGAAACUUAUGAAGCUAUUCGUGUCACUCAUGAAUCCAGUGCCCAUGAAGGUCAGACUGAGUCGUCAUCGUCCUCGCUGUCUUCACCACCAUGCUCAUCGCAGCCUCAGGUUAGCCACAGCAGAACGAAGGCCUCACCAUUGUGUCACUCUGCAUCCCUCUCCUGGGCCAAACGUAAUCAUGUAGGUCCUGCAAAGGCUCCCAGUCCGUCAAUCCGUCUGCGUCGGUGGCGGCCCUUGAUACGCCUUCCAUCUGUCGGGCUUCAUUCUGUUGCACCAAGUAUAGAUGAAAAAGUAGAUCUUCACUUUAUUGCAUUAGUUAAUGUAGGUGGUCAUCUCUAUGAAUUGGAUGGGCGCAAGCCAUUUCCAAUAAACCAUGGGGAAACCAGCGACGAUUCUUUUUUAGAGGAUGCAAUAGAAGUUUGCAAGAAAUUCAUGGAACGUGACCCAGAAGAAUUAAGAUUUAAUGCAAUUGCACUGUCUGCAGCUUAAAAGUCUUUUCCAGUGCGACAACUCUAUUGCAAUGUAUUGUAAGAAUAAAACUGUUGCCAUAUGUUAAUAGUACAAAUUUUGAUACUUCCCUAACAUCUUGACUAAUUGUAGCAUACGUGGAAUAAACUUUGCAUUUGUCCUUGCUA